AGUUAGGGUUCAAUCCUCAAAUGCAGUUCGCUAACCCGCUGCUUGGAUUGAGCGAGAGACUCCCUGAGCCUCGAUUUCUCCCUCUGUAGCGCCGCCUACCUCACAGGCCUUUAUGAGCACUCCCUGAGGUGACGCGGGCACGCUCGGGAUCAGCGCGCAGCUGUCACUCUGCGUGCAGGGCGCCGGAGGGAAGGAUCCAGGCCCGAUCGCAGGCCGACCUGCAGCGAACCGAACGAGUCCCGAGCGGUGGACUGACGCGGUCCGCAGCCUCAGGUAACCAUGUGCGACCGAAAGGCGGUGAUAAAAAAUGCGGACAUGUCGGAAGAGAUGCAACAGGAUUCGGUGGAGUGCGCUACUCAGGCGUUGGAGAAAUAUAAUAUAGAAAAGGAUAUUGCGGCCCACAUCAAGAAGGAGUUUGACAAGAAGUACAACCCCACCUGGCACUGCAUUGUGGGGAGGAACUUUGGUAGUUACGUGACACACGAAACCAAGCACUUCAUCUACUUCUACCUGGGCCAAGUGGCCAUUCUUCUGUUCAAAUCUGGUUAAAAGCAUGGACUGUGCCACACACCAGUGAUCCAUCCAAAAAUAAGGACUGCAGCCUAAAUUCCAAAUACCAGAGACUGAAAUCUUUAGCCUUGCUAAGGGAACAGCUUGAUCUUUGAACAUUUAUUGUGUUUUGUACAGGGUAUUCUCUGUACUAGUUUGUUGUGGUUAUAAAACAAUUAGCAAAACAGCUUACAUUUGUAUUUAUUUUCUAUUCCAUACUUCUGUGCCCCAUGUUUUUUUCUCUCAAUCCAUUCCUUUAAAAAAUAAAUCUGUUGGAGAUGUA